AACACUUCACCUUCUUCAGUGUCUUGCCAGGUGCCGUCGAGUGGGGAUGUGCUGCUCUGUGGUCUCUCUCCCGUGCUAGUUGAUAUUCCAUGGACAGCCACGCUUUCUUUGGUCGUUCUAUCGUUUCCUGUUGAGGUCUCACGUAUGCUGUGUUGCCUCCCAUGCAUUCAUAACAGGUCCCCUCGCCGACCCCUGCCAGCAAAGUUAUUGGCAUAGAAAAGACUGGUUUGAGCCAUCCACCACUGGCAGCCCUCCCUCCGUCCCUCCCUCCCUUCCUCCCUUACUUCGUCCUGUACGCUUGAAUCUGUGCUAGAAAAGUCAUAAAAGUGCUAAAAGAAAAAAAAAUUUGAUAAAAAACACAUCGAUCCUGAGGCACUUCAAAUAGCGAAGUUACCCACUUGUUUCUGUCAGUUUCCGGAGUGCGUUUUUACCCGCAAGAUGAACGAGUGAGGAAAGAAAACGAGUUAGUGAUCAAAAAGGUGACUGUAAAUGAUGAUAAGGAAACGUGGUGCCAGUAAUCUUGUCUCUGAAUGAAGGACGUGAGGUAACCGGAUUGUACUGGAGUGCGUGACAGGAAGCGGAGGAACGGAGGAGAGGAAAACAUGGGAGGAGGAAGAAGAAGAUGCCAGGGUACGUCGUCUUGCCGAGUGUUCCUGCUGGCAGCUGUGGUGUUGUGUUGUGUAGGGUCGGCGGCGGGGAUCUGCGUGGUGGACAACAAGAAGGGUUGGUUUGUGUCCUGCGGCGUCAGAGACUCCUACCUCUUCCGCCUCAAAGACUACGGCGGCAUCAAUGCAAACUUUGACUUCAGUUUGGGCUUCGGGAACGAGAAAGGCUUCCCAUUCUCCAUCAAAAACACGAAGGGAAAACACCACUACCACAGAAGGAAGGACGAGGCCGGAGGAAUCUUAACGAGUGGAGAGAUAACGGGGGAAGAUGUGACGAGCGAAGGAGGAAGUGGAGGAGGGCCGUGGUUGCAGCCCCGUCCAAACCUCCGUCCACCACCUCAAGUGUACAACACCCUUGAGAGGAGCUCCGUGGCUCACUCUGAGGGCGACGGGACCCAAUCAGUAGGCGAUGGGUCCUCGGUGCCUUCUUCAGGAGCGCAAAAUGUCCAUUUCAGCGGAUCUACUGACGGAGGCACUGCUGGUGAUGCUGGUGGCGUUAGUAGCUCUUAUGUAGCAACAAAUCACCUCCCUUCUGUAGCUACAAGAGGUGGAAGGCCCUGGUUACGCCCUGCGAGACGACGGACUGGUACAAGACGCUCCUCUUCCUCCUCCUUCUUCAGGAGACUCAUGGCGUGGCUUCCCUGGCCCUUUGGGGAAGCCUCUUGGUUCUCCAGAGGCAGCAACGACCCCAAUUUAAGGGCAGACUCAAGGAAAUCACACUUCAGGGUCAUUCACCAGCCAACAGGGAAUGAUCUGGCAGCAAGUCACCAGUCCUUCAACACCAAGCAGUCUUCUUUCCCUCAGCCCUUCAGCCCCCAGACUCAGUCCUUCGCAGCGCCGCCCUUCCUCACCCCGCCGUUCGGUGCGCCGCCUUUCAGCCCCUUCCAGCCCUUCCCGCAGCCCCCACAGCCGCAGUCCCACGUGUCACCGCCGCGCACUGUGGGUCCUCAGGUGGCGGAUGUGUUGCAGGUAUCGCCAGACACCCCCGCGGACACAGACCACGUGCCUUCCUUCGCUGCCAAGGUGUUCGUGGUGAGAGAGGCGCCCAAGGAUUACUACCCGCCUGGCUACAGUCCGACAAACUCGCACGGACAUCACUCAGUCGAAGUUCCCCGUACCAAGUUUUUCUGCGAGGAACAGCACUACUUGCCAGGGCUCUACGCGGACACUCAGCUGGGAUGCAAGGUCUUCCAUAUGUGCCUACCAGCGGCCGUGGGUAACACAAUGACCAGCUUCCUGUGCCCAAACAUGACGCUCUUCGAUCAGUCCAUCCUGCAGUGCAAUUGGUGGUACUACGUGCGCUGCGAGGACUCUCAUUUGAACUACGACGCGAACCUCCCCCUUGCGCUGAGCUACAGAAAGGUGAACGCCGCGCAGCUCCCCCUAACGGCCAUCAAGGAUUACAACUCGCUGUCCCUGCUUGAUAUCAGUGCCAGGACACCGAGGAAACUUGACGGAGGCGCUGAAGGAGGAGCUGUUGGGAGAAUGGGUCUUGCUGAUGUGGAGGAGGAGAAAGAGGAAGGGAUGGAGGACGGUUCAUUUGCUACGAGGAAGGAUGAAACAGUUGGAAGGGAUUUUGAAGAAGAGGAAGUGAAAAGAGGAGAACAAGAGACAGGCAGGAAAGAUGCUGACGAAGAGGAAACGAAAAUGGAAGAAGGGGAGAUAGUUACAAGUGAUACUGAAGAAGAACAAGCAAAAAAUGGAAAGACUGAAGCGGGUAGAAGAGAUGACGAAGAGGAAACUGAAAAUGGAGAACAAAAGACAUAUAAGAUAGAUAAUGAAGGAGAGGAAACUGAGAAUGAAGAACAAGAGACACUCGACAGUGAUACCGAACAAUAUGAAACCAAAAAUGAAAAAGAGACGGAUGAAAGAGAUCCAGAAGAAGAGGAGAGUGAAAACAGAAAAGAUGAGAAGGCCAGAAGCGAUGUUGGAGAAAAAGAAGCUGAUAACGGAAAAGAAAAGACAGUUAGAGAUGAAAAUGAAGAAGAAGAAGAUCAAGAUAGAGUUAAAAGGUCCUUAUCAUACAAAUUAUACAAUAUACAGAGCGAGAAAAGGUUUCUAAAUGAGCGUAAACUAGAAGAGGUAAGAGAAUAUUGGGAGAGGGAGGAAAUAAAAAGAGAUACGGGUUUGUUAAGUAGAAAUAAGAGACAGGAACAUAAUCUUGACUCUGUUCUUCUCUCUCGCCUCCGAAUAAAAGGUUUCACGCCAUAUUCUUAAUGUAAUAAGCUGCCAUUAUGUAUUAUUUUAUUUAUUAAGCUUUUUCUCUUCCCUUUCUUGCUUAAACUUGUUAUGUUCUUUAUCUUUCUUUUAUAUUUUCUUGCGUUCCUUUCCUUUUUUUUUUAGUUAUCACUUCCUCGUCGCAAGAAAUCAAAGUUAUCAAGAGAGAGAGAGAGAGAGAGAGAGAGAGAGAGAGAGUCUGGGGAGGGAAGAACAAUCAAGAGACUUCGUGCCUGUAAUUGAAAUUGUUGUACACUUAUUGUUACUGUUGUUGAUGUUAUUUUUUUAUUAUUUUAUUAUUAUUAUUAUCAUUAUUAUCAUCAUAACUGUCGUUGCUCAGUAAUUACCUACAAAUAUUUAAACGUGUUCCGUCCAAUAGAGUACCUUCAUUAUUAUUACGAGAUAUACGUAAGUUAAUUUUGUUGUAUUAUUUUUUUUUAUCGAAUAUACCCGUGAUGUAAUGCUUCGUGUUUUUCUAUGUAUGUACUUGUAUCUUCAUUUAUUUAUUUAUUUAUUUUUUUUCUCUCUUUAGUAUACAGAAGCGUUGAUCGUAUCUGUACAGGAAUAUUUGUAUACGUGCGUGCGCAUUUUGUGUUGUUUUUGUUUGUUAAUCGUGUGUGUGUGUGUUGAUAUGAUGUGAGUCAUUUAUUUUAUAUCCAUACGUGUGUCCUGGAGAUGUCUAUGUAAAUAAAUAAGAGUUGUACUGC